CUCGGGGCAGCACUGUCGCGCCAAGUCAGCUGACGGCACGAGGGAUCGCAGGCAGAGGGCAGAGCCACGCCGCGGCGACUUAGUUGUCGGGUGGGUCGCAAGCAGGUAGCAGUAGCGGUAUGCAAUCUGUCAUCACGUGAGCGGUCACAAGUCACAAUGGUCUCUAGUGAUAUCGUCGUCGGCGAACAUCGUCGUCUAGCUCGCGAGAUCCUCUGAAGUCUCUUCGGUGGGAAGCUGCGAAAUUUGCCUGCAUUCGGCUGCGCGACAUCGACGACGAAAACAACGAGCAGGAGGUUCACAGCGGCAAUCUCGCGCCUGGUAUAUUACAAGUUUAGUCACGAAACAUAGUAUUCAAGAUGACUGAAUAUUGGCUAAUAUCCGCACCUGGGGACAAAACCUGUCAGCAGACAUGGGAGACUAUGAACAAUUUGACAUCUAAGCAGCACUCCUUGUCAGUGAACUACAAAUUUCACAUCCCAGAUCUAAAGGUUGGAACGCUGGAUCAAUUGGUUGGCUUGUCAGACGAUCUGGGCAAACUCGAUGGAUACGUAGAGCAAGUAACGCGUAAAGUAGCAACGUAUCUGGGUGAGGUUCUAGAGGAUCAACGGGACAAACUACAUGAGAAUCUGAUGGCCAACAAUAGUCAAACGUCAGUGGAUGAGGAGAGCUUGAGUUUCGAGGGGGGUCCGGACACCCCGCCAAACACCCCCGUUACACCAUCACACAAGACUACGAUGGAGCAUCACAGGCAGUGGAGGGAAUUGGACAAGUCCGAACCAGAGCCGGCCACUUGUUUAGGUCAGCAUCAUCACCAACGUCAUCAUUGCUACGACCAUCGCCAGGAUCAUCAUUAUCAUCAUCAUCAUCAUUAUCCUAGUUCCCAAGUUAAACAUCACGAGGAUCAUUUCCCCGCGGUGGAAAAGAAGUUGUCGUAUGAUCUUCAAGGCAUCUGUGAUGUCAAAGCUCAGUCCAACAACCAUGCCUCGUCGAUAUACUCGUGCUAUCAUACCCAUUGGUGCGUUGCCUCUGUACCCUCGACGCCACGCUCCAGUCCCAUUCCCACGAGUCCGACCCUCUCCUCUCUCUCAUCCAACUGUAGCAGCGAAGGAGAGUUCGGGUGGCAGCAGCCGUUACGUCCGCGGGUCACCAUUGAGAAAAACCCAGAUCGAUCUGCCCGCAAAUCGAUUGAAGGCGAUAAUGAUGACAACGACGAUGAUGCGGACCAAAACAACGACCAAGACCAAGACCAUAGUGGCAAUUUGCCAAAUCCAGGUGAUCUGCCAUCAUAUAUAACUCGAUUCCAGUGGGACAUGGCUAAGUAUCCUAUCAAACAGUCUCUAAGAAAUAUUGCGGAUAUUAUUAGCAAACAAGUGGGACAGAUCGAUGCUGAUUUAAAAACUAAAUCCACGAUAUAUAAUAAUUUAAAAGGCAGCUUACAAAAUUUGGAGAAGAAACAGACGGGAAGUUUAUUAACACGAAAUUUAGCAGACUUAGUGAAGAAGGAACACUUCAUCCUGGACAGCGAAUAUCUGACCACUUUGCUUGUAAUUGUACCAAGAUCUAGCUUUCAGGAAUGGUAUGGUUGUUAUGAAAAACUGACAGAUAUGAUUGUACCGCGUAGUACACAACUUAUUACUCAGGACUCGGAAUAUGGAUUAUUUACAGUUACUUUAUUUAAAAAAGUAAUAGAUGAGUUCAAAUUGCACGCUCGCGAAAAGAAGUUUAUUGUACGAGAUUUUACAUACAAUGAAGAAGAAUUAGCAGCAGGAAAGAAUGAAAUAACGAAAUUGGUAACUGACAAAAAGAAGCAAUUCGGUCCACUUGUCCGUUGGUUGAAAGUGAAUUUCAGUGAAUGUUUCUGCGCUUGGAUCCAUGUUAAAGCUUUGCGUGUAUUUGUUGAAUCUGUUCUUAGAUACGGUUUACCUGUCAAUUUUCAAGCAAUAUUACUGCAUCCGCAUAAGAAAUGUGCGAGGAGAUUACGUGAUGCUUUAAAUCAGCUUUACGCUCACUUAGAUUCAUCUGCUACCGCUUCGACAGCGCAUAAUCAGGAUAAUGUGGAUAUACCAGGACUAGGUUUUGGCCAAAGCGAUUAUUUCCCGUAUGUCUAUUAUAAGAUUAACGUGGACAUGGUCGAUAAUAAGGUCUAAUCGUUAGAGUUUUCCUUUUAAAUAUCACAUUUUCUUUUAUUUAUCUGGAUAAUAUAAUUCUGUUACAUCAGGAAUUUAACGACAGGUGCAUACAAAUCUUUCAUUUGUAUGAAUAUACAAAAAGAAUAUUUCUUUUUUGCAUUUCCAGAAAACUUCUUUCGAUUUUCCUUAAGCUAUUACAAAUCGUAAUUCGCUACAAUUGGAGAAAAUUGUUAUGUAGCCUUUUUCAGAAAUAGUUAUUUUUCUAAAUGAAAAACUGGAAUGAUGUAUAAACAGUAAUAUUAUUCAAAAUUAUGCAUAGUUCGUGCAUUCCCUAUACAUAUUUUCUCCCAAGUAUUAAGUAUAGAGCAAAUGAAGAGUUAUAGAAAAUAAUAAAAAUUAUAAAUUCUCUCUCUCAGGCAAUUACCUCAAUCGCAUGCUUUCGAUUUACUAUGAAUUUGGCAUCAAAUAUUUCUAGCAGCAAUUGAUUAUUUGAUUCCAUCACUUCUCAAUAUUUGGAAACAGCACAACAUAUUUUACAUUCUAAUGCAACAAAAAUGCAUACUAUUUUCAACAAGAGAUCGGUCACAACUAUAUGAAAUCUGGAAUUAAUUUGAAUUUCUUUGAAAUAUGUUAAACAUAAAAAUCUAGGAUACACACACACACACACACACACAUCGAUUUAAUUUAAGAUUUAAGAAAUAAAAAUCCUUAAAAUUAACGCUUAUAUUUGAUGCAAUUAUCAUUGACACUAUAAAAAAUGUUUUAUAAAACUAUUACAGGUUUUUUAUGUACUCUGUGACUGUAUUUUUACAUUUCUCAAAAAUAUUUAAUAUAUUUAAUAUCUUUAAUAUUUUUCAAAAUAUUUUUACAUUCUUCAUUGAGGGAUUAUUCUUCUUAAAUCUAAAAAUGGACCGAUAAAAAAUGUCUUUGAGAUUUAACAUAUUUUAAAGAAAAUGAGAUCAGGACAGUUUUGGACAGUUGUAAUUGAUCUUUUGUAAGUAGAAUUGCCACAAUGUAAUUAAUUCUAUUAUUGAUCUGUUGUAUACAGAGUUAAAGUAUUAAUCUUUUCAUUAAUACAUAAGAAGUCAAGAUUUAUAUGAAAGAGAAAUAUUACACACAUACACACACACACCUUUUACAUCUUGUAAAGAACAUACACACCAAGUGUCAUAUGAAUAUUUAACAAAAUAAAAUUAUUAACUACAGUUUUAAAAAAUGGAUAUAUCAUAUUGUUCAAUAUUAAAACAAGUUUCGUGUAAUUCAUUCUUAUAUCUUAUUGUUUCAAAUUUAUAAAUUAAAAAAAAUUUAUACAUGUGCAUGGUAUGUGCAAAUUGUAUUACAUAUGGUAUAAAUGGAAAACUAAUUACCAUAUUAUUACAAAAGUCUAAAAAUUUUAGUUAUAUUACGAGCUAUUUAAUUUAAAUAUAUACAUAUUACAAUCCAUUGUUUAGCACUCAAAUAAUUUAACCAAGUGAGGGUAUUUUAUAAACACCGAAUUUAUCGAGAAUUAUUGUCUUUCGAAAUUUUAUUUUAUGAAAUUUGUGUCCCAAUUUUUUUAUAUUAUUAAAUAUAAAUUUAUAUUCGUUAUUGAUUGAAAUUACUCCAAAAUGCCGAUUUCAUUUUUUAAUUGUUCCAUUUGUAAAUUAAAUUUAGUUAUUUUUGAGUUAACACUCAUACGGUGCAAAAUAAGUCUCUUUUAUGAAUAUAUUAUAUUAUAUUACAAACAUAUAUAGUUUGAAAAAAUAUUUUCUGAAAAAAUUUCAUAUUGUUAAAAUAAACUAAUUUCUCAUACCGAUUAUGAUGUAAAUUGCUUGUAUAUAAAGAAAUUCAUGUAUAGAAUCCGGUUUCAUAUUAUACUUAGAGUUGCGAGAUUAUUGUAAAAUACAAAUCAGUGUACAAUGUUUUAAUUAAGUUAAAUCAUACUAAUGGAAAUCAAUGACAAUACCGAUUAAUGUUGUCUGUUUCUUAAGCCUACAUAAAGAAUCAAGAUCUGGCAUGUAAUAAAAAGAAAAAGAUAUACAUACAUACACAUGUGUGUAUGCAUAUAUAUUGGUGGUUCAAUUAUGUAGAUACUAGAUGUUUAAAGAAAUGAUCAGUCAAUUGACUUUUGCGAAUUGUAUAGGUAAAAAUGUAAUUGUAGAUAAUAAAUAUUAUAUUUAAUUGACA